GCGGUCCAUUCGAUGAAGGCUGUUAUAUUCAGAAUUAAACAAGAUUUAAAGUCAAAUUUGUGCAGAUUUUUCGUCCUGUUUUUUUCUUUCCUUCCACAUCUGAUACCGACCAUGUGUUUGAGCUGCGGGGAAACACGAGGAGAUUUGAAUACGUUCCCAAAUUCACCACAAGUUUCAAACUGACUUUUAUUGUGCAUGGAGAGCACGACACAAACUCACUCAAGUGUUGGAAAUUAGAGAUCGUUUCGUCACGUUUACGCACUGGCUUUUACGCACAUCGGCUGAAUCCAGCGCGCGAGGAGCGGAUAACGCACCGCAACUGAACACAUGUGUACGGACAAAUAAGAAGAAGUCAACUAACGUGAGAAGUCAUCGACAAUUAUCAGAAAAUAAUUACUUUGUGUGCUGCAAACAAGAAGAAAUCGGGAGAUUUAUAGUGAAGAUCGGGGAAGUUGAUACUCUGUGGACGCACUGUGGCGCACAAAUGGUGUUUCUGUGGGACGCAAAAUACGACCCAGCCCCCGGCCGGCGUUACACUCCCCCCUCCACCACCCUUGCCUCAGGGGGGAAGAUGACCGAGGCCCUGCCCUUGGGUGCCCAGGAGGCUGGAGGUGGGGCCGCUCUGAUGGGCAAACUACGAAUGGCCGACCGCGGCAUGGUUGAAGUGAUCUCAGAUCAUCCAGGAGAGCUGGUGAAGACAGACAGUCCUAACUUCCUCUGCUCUGUGCUGCCCACACACUGGAGAUGUAACAAGACUCUGCCCAUUGCUUUUAAGGUGGUUUCCCUGGGUGACAUCUCUGAUGGCACCUUGGUAACAGUGAUGGCAGGAAACGACGAGAACUACUCAGCAGAGCUCCGCAAUGCUACGGCCGCCAUCAAGAACCAAGUGGCCAGAUUCAAUGACCUGCGCUUCGUUGGCCGCAGCGGGAGAGGGAAGAGUUUUACUCUCACCAUCACAGUGUUCACCAGCCCUCCUCAAGUCGCCACGUACCAGAGAGCCAUUAAAAUUACAGUGGAUGGUCCCAGAGAGCCACGACGUCAUCGACAGAAGAUGGAUGAGGUGAAGUCCGGCUCUCUGGCUUUCUCCGAGAGGCUAACGGAGCUGGAACAGCUGAGACGGGGCUCAAUGAGGGUGACGCCUCCUCACCACCAUCACCAUCAACCCUCCGCCAACACCCGCCAAUCUGCAGCGCUCAACUCUGCCCCUUUCUCUAGCCCCACACACGCUCAGAUAACUGCUGAUUCCAGACAGAUGCAGUCGUCUCCAUCUUGGUCCUACGACCAGUCGUAUCCCUACCUUGGUCAGAUAACUGCGCCCAGCGUCCACUCAGCCAAUCCCCUUUCCCCUGGUCGCUCCUCACUCAGUGAGCUGUCGUCACGACUGACAGGUCCUGACCUCACAGCGUUUGGUGAUCCCAGGAUGACCUUAGAACGACCUUUUACCUCCCUCCCAUCCUUGCCUGACUCCCGCUUCUCUGACCCACGGAUGCACUACCCUCCCACUGCAGCUGCCUUCACCUACGCCCCAUCCCACAACCCAGUUUCCAACAGCGCCCUCGGCAUCACCAUGGCAACAGCCAUGGCAACCACACCUGCAGGGAGGUACCACACCUACCUGCCUCCUCCCUACCCUGCGAACACCCCCCACCAGGCUCAGAACGGGCCCUUCCAGUCCACCUCCUCACCGUACCACCUGUACUACUCCACCGCUGCUGGCUCCUACCAGUUCUCCAUGAUGGCUGGAGGAGGAAGUGGAGGCGACUCGCGCUCCCCACCAAGGAUCCUGCCACCGUGCACCAACGCCUCCACAGGCUCCUCCCUACUACACCCCUCUUUGCCCAAUCAGAAUGAAGGAGUGGGUGUGGAGGUGGAGUCUAGCCACAGUAGCUCCCCUACAAACAUGGCAGCAGCUGAAGCUGUGUGGAGACCUUACUGAACCAGCUGAGGUGGUAGACCAACACUGAAUGAUGCACAACGGGUGCAUUCAUAUAAGGUGUUCCUGGUUAUGUGAUGACCGACACCGACAAGGGUGGAGUAAACUGACAUCAAUGAACACUUAAAUACGCAACAAUCCAAAAUAUGAUAGAGACAUUAAGGGCAAUAAGUCAAUGUUAUAUUAAAGAUAAUGUGUCAACAUAAUAGGCUAAAGUCGGUGCUAUUGUAUACUUCUUUUACUGUCAAGUAAUCUCAUGAAAAAAACAUACCCAAUAAUGUGUUAGUUCAUCUCUCAGUACUUUUUGACUUCACUCCCAUGUCUCUGCCUCUCAGCCACAAGCCAAUUGGUUUUGGGCCAACAAAUAUAAAGUUUCAUUUUCAAAAACGCUCAGUAAUUCCAAACAGUUGGUCACUGUAGUUUUUACCAAACAAUUGCUGAAACAGUAAGAAAUGGUACAUUUGUCAGGGAUUAUUUUUAAUGGCGAAUUAAUCCACAUUUGGUUUUCUAGUAAGUACACAAAAUACUUGUUAGUGAAUCAAUUCAUUGUUGGUUUGGCUCUUCACAUGAUAUUUGUUGAAAAUAAGAAACAUAUAGAAUAUCACCAGACCUCUCUUUUAACGGACCAUAUGUAAAUUAUAGUCACUUGAGUGUGAUCCAUAUUAUUUACUGAUGAUACUUUUCUUACAUAUUUUCCUCAGUCUUCCAUAGUACAGAACAUCUGUCAAUUAAUAUAUUUUGUUAGCAAUCACAUGUAGCAUUACCUAAUACGCUCAUCCAAAAAUCCCAAAUGUACCAGGUCAUAUCAGCAAUGUGACUUCAAAACAUGGAGUACUUGUCUGGUUACAGGGUGCAAUCGGUUGCUACAAUAAAGUCCCGAUGGCUCCAAGGACUACACAAGACCCCUGGCAGAACUGAAAGGAUAGUAUGGUGGUGCCCCCAGUUAGCAGCAAUAUUGAUUGCCACCUAUCAAUAUUGCUUUGACACUGCUCUGACUUUUUGAAUUGUUCAGUGAUAGUUGGUUAUUAUUUUUGGGGAAGGAAACAUCACCCAACUAGGAACCAGAAGAGAGGGCCCAGUUUAAAACUGGCAGCUGACAAACAAUGUUGAUCAAUGGAACAACAAACAUAAUGACUGACAGGUACAUUAACCAACAAACAGUGCUGAGUGGGACUGAGCUGACUUGAUAGGUCAUAAAGUCAGACAUCCCAGUCUCACUCUCUGCACACAGAAAGGGACACAGGACCCCAGAAAGGAGCUUCUAUAGAAUGAAGGACAGAAACACCGAGAGGCUUUAUUACACUGACAAAGUGCAUGCAACAGCACUUAACUGAUCAAUUCAGCUUCCUUUGUAAUAUAAAAGGACUUCUUCGUCAUACACGUCAUUGGUGUUGUGAAUAGAUGAUUUGUUCUUGCCAAAUAUUUUGAUGGCCUGUUUGUGUUUACCUUCAUCCAUCCAUUUCUCCAUAUUUGUUUAUUCUCUAUGCUUUCACAACUUCUCUCUCAUUACCGGUGGGCAUUUUUUUUGAAAAACUCACACCUCAUGAAGAAAAUACAGAAACAUUCACUUCACUCACUGAAGGUUUUCAUGGUCCCUGAAGCUGACUUAAUCCUAUUCCAUCAACAUCAUCCAUCAAUAAAUGUCAUCCAGCCUUAUUUUUUAGCUUUGACAUUUUAGCAGAAUAUUUUUUCCACAUGUGUCAGCAGAAGAUUGAGGUUUAGUGUCAUGUUUUGCUCAUGAACAUGGGAGAAACUCGGGGAUCCGGACACCAACCUUAGUGAUUAAUGACCGGACUGCUCUACAGCAGUGAUAGUCUAGCAGCUCACCAAGUUGCUUGAUUGAGUAUUUAUUGUAGCAUUGAUCAAACCUACAUUUGAUGUAACAUUUUGAUCAGAUUUCUACACUCACACAGAAGACAAUGCUGAGGCCUAAACUAUAGUAUGUGUCAGAGGAGAAACACAUUGGUCACACUGGGCCUCAUGCAAGAUCAUUUUUUCGUAUUUUUCUCGUGAACCUCUGACUUCAGAUUCAACAAACUCAGCCUGAUGAAUGCCAACUUUGCAUCGGGGGGGGAGGGGGGGGGGGGGUACAUAUUGAUGAGAUUUGUUAACAUUAACAUAAUCAAUGCCAAUACAAUUUCCAUAUUAGGUGAACUGUUCACUUCAUUCACAAAAUGUUACCAAAUAGUAAACAGAAGAAUUUCACGCUGCAGAGCUAAAAACAGCAAAUUAAUUUAGCAGAGAUCAUGAAACAAUUAGAAAAUGUGAAUCCAGCUGUCAAUGAUGUGUCAGAAUAGCAGCACUUUAGUAACAGAAAUGAAGAGGGAAUACUUUGACGUGAUGUUUUAUGCUAAAAAAAACAUCUUUCUAAAGUGAAGUGCUAUUACAGGAUAUUACAGGAGAGACUAUUAUAGCCUACGAUAAGUGAUGUUACACUGCUACACAACAUGAUAUUAGGCUGAGGCCUGCACAGACAGCAAAGCAGCUGUUUACAACUAUUACAGAAAUGUAGAAGCUGCUGUGAUAAAAUGUGACAGUAAAAAUCAUCAAAUCUUGUCAUAUAUUUUAUUUCAGUUCAUUUCAGCAUCAAAUUGAAUCUUUUAAUUCAGAUUAAGGUAUUAUAAUUUUGUGUCUAAUGUUUUUGCCACAGACUGUACAUGACUGGUACAACAUGUCUGGACAACUUGUGAAUUUCAUUCCUACCUCAGAAAAAAUUGUAAGUGCAAGAAAAUUGGUGUAUGCCACAAAUUUUCUGAAAUCUCUCAACACAACCACAACAAAUUUGUUGGUACUAGUGCUUCUUGCAUGAGGCCCACCGUCUUCCAUCAGCAGCUCUACUCAAAAAUGACUUAUUGUGGCCUUCCACUGCUCUCAUUCCCUCACCACACAGAGAAACUAUUACAGCAUGGAGUUUUAUAAAAUAUUUUAAUUUAUUCCUAUGAAACCAUUUUCAGUAGCCUUUCAUGCAUCUGCAUGUGUGUGUGCGUGUGAAAGAGAGAGAGAGAGAGAGAGAGAGAAAUGAAGAGAGAGAGAGAGAGAGAGUGUGUGUGACUAUGAUCCACUGUUAAAGUAUUGUAUAUAACCAUGGCUGUAAAUGACACCUGCAUUUGAUCAUGCUUUUAUUGCCCUUACACACACACACACACACACACAGCAGUUUUGUUUUGACAAUGUUGAUUGUGCAGCAUCGAGUUUUUCACAUUUGGUUUUGAUUUAUAUAAAUAUUCUUGUGAAGAGAAUACAA